GCUACUGCUUAUCCAAAUGCAGACUUCAUAGGUUUUGACAUGUCACCAUACCAACCUACACAAAUCAAACCGUUUAACGUUGAAUUUGUUACAGGGAAUGUAUUAAAUGGUUUAUCAUUUGAAGAUAAUACCUUUGAUUUUGUAUUCCAACGGAUGUUGUUUACCGCAUAUCCGGAAUCAAAAUGGCCAUUUGUAAUAAAUGAACUCGUGAGAGUGCUAAAACCGGGCGGUUACUUGGAGAUGUCAGAACUUGAUCCUAUGGUAAAACAAGUGGGACCUGCUUCAAAACUUUUUUAUAAAACUGCUUGUGAUGUGUUUCGGCAACGUGGCACUGACCCAAAUUCAUGUUACAAAUUGCAAAAGUAUGCUAUGGAACAAGGUGAACUUGAAGAUAUUCGUAAAGAAGAAAGAAAUAUGCUUUUUGGUAAAGAAGCUGGAGCUCUUGGAAAAGUGGCGAUUGAAAACAAUAUUGGAGUAUUAGAAAGUCUAAAACCAUUAAUGUCAAGAACGUUAGAUCUUUCUUCUAAACAAUAUGAUGAAUUAAAUAAAACAAUUACAAAAGAAUUAAGUGAAUUUAAUUCUUAUUAUCCUGUUAUUCGCGUUUAUGGGUGUAAGAUUCAAGUUUGGGAUGACGCAGUUCACAAUGAAAAGCUAUAA